AAAGUUCAUAAUAUGAAUAAAAGGCUCUUAAUGCAGACUCUCUAAUUCUACAAGCAACUGAUUAGAGAUUUUAUAAUAUAGGAAUUGGGUGUGAAAAAGUAUAUAGAAAUUGCCCUAAAAGUGGAAAAAGAAUUAUGGGUCGUGGAAAGAUACCAAUUAGGAGGAUUGAGAACCAGACAACAAGGCAAGUGACCUUCUCCAAACGUAGAGCUGGACUUUUAAAGAAGACUCAUGAACUUUCUGUUCUUUGUGAUGCUCAAAUUGGCCUCAUCAUCUUCUCCAGUACAGGCAAGAUGUGCCAGUACUGCUCUGACCCAUUAAGGAUGGAGCAAAUCAUUGAUAGGUACCAGAAAAAUACAGGGACCUGUAUUCCUGAGCAUGAUAGCAGGGAACAGCUAUUCGGUGAGUUGGCGAUGCUGCGAAAAGAAACUCGGCGUCUUCAGCUGAACAUGAGGCGGUACACUGGUGAAGACAUGAGCUCUAUUCCGUUUGAGGAGUUGGGUGAGCUCGAACAAGAACUCGAACGCUCCGUUGCCAAGAUCCGCGACCGCAAGAAUGAGUUGUUGCAGCAGCAGCUGGAUAAUCUGCGUAGGAAGGAGCGAAUGCUGGAGGAGGAAAAUAGCAAUAUGUUCCGUUGGAUUCAGGAGCAUCGAGCAGCGCUGGAGUACGAGCAGGCGAGCAUGGAAGCAAAGGCGGUGGAGCAUGAGCAAGUUAUGGAGCAGUUCCCAUUCUGUGGAGAACCGAACAGUGUGCUUCAGCUCGCAACCAUUCCCUCUCAAAUGCAUCCUUAUCAUCUCCAGCUAGCUCAGCCCACUCUUCAAGGCUCUACUCUUUAGCACUUCAGAGUUGAGACAAGGGUUGCUCAAAACAAAGUAUCAAUGGGUUAUAUAUACUGCAAUAUACAGCUUCGGAUUGCUUUUUAAAAGACAUAUUCAUAUAUGGUUUCUUACGUAUUGCACUUUGGAAUUUAUAUUAUCUUCUUCAAACUUAUGCUUUUA